AUGGCCGACCCUGUAGAGAUGGGCGAGCCGCCCGACGACGAGCCCACCUACGAGCCAAAGGACGCUAUUGCGAAGACAUGGAGCACAUCUCUCAGGACGGGUACUGCAGGGCUUUUUAUUGCGACUGUCCAGACCACCCUGGCGAGGAGGCAGUUGGGCGCGUUUGGGGUGUUUACAACAUUCGGCAGCACAACGGCGUGGGCAGCUGGUGCUGGAGCAGUAUAUGCGUUCACACGAACAGCGACGGCGAACCUGCGGCAGAAAGACGACCACUGGAGUGCAGUUGCGGGUGGUUUCUCUGCAGGUGCUCUGCUUGGGCUGAAGAAACGCACCUUUCCCGCCGUCCUUGGCAGGGGAUUGUUCGGAGCGGCCGUCUUUGGGGUCUUGACCGUAGCACAGGGUCGGGUCUUUUCGAUAGGCAUGUCGGCGGAGGAGCGGAUUGAGUACAAGGAGGUGCAUAGACGGCGGUAUAGGCGACCAUACCAGGAAUUGAUCAAUGAGAUUGGAGAAGGUCGAGGCUUCUACGGAGAGGGCUAUGAGGAGCGGAGAGCUCAGAGAUUGAAGGAUAACUACGGUAUCGAGGUCCAGCCACCUUACUACGAGCGUAAGAAGGCUGCAGGUAUCGAGACGAGCGCACUAUGA